CCCCCGCAGCUGUCGUCUGAUCUGACGCUGGAGCUUUGAACGUAGCUCUCUUGCGUGCCAGAUGUGGAGGAAGACUAAAAAUAAUCUCCCAGGCUAUCACUGAGGGAGAAACACGUGCUCGGGGUGAGCUCAGGACCCAAGGACCCCAAUCCAAGAGGAGCCAAGAAAGUCCCCAGCGUGUGGCCCCAAGCUGAGCCACCAGGCUGCACCCCGCCCACCCCAGUCCGGGGCCGCCUGCCUCCACUCUGAACCCUUCACGACUUGGGCUCUGCUUUUUGCAUCGCCUGGAAAGAAAAUGGUCCCCAGAAGUUACAGACAAGGAAGGCAACCCCGGGGCUGGGGGAUCUUCUUUCCCCGGACUCUGUGCAUCUUCUUGCUGCUAUCAGAGACGGGAUCUGCGAGAGGGUUAUGGAAACGGGCGGUGCACCUGAAGUUGGCGGAGAAAUCCCAGGAUUAUGAAUACCCUCUCCAUUCUCAUGGUGGCCACCAUCCCCGGAAUGAGCGCUGUCCACCACCCCCCCAAACAUUACCCAAAGGGGCUUGUGAAGUGACCAGCUGCCGCUCAGAUUCGGUGUGUGAAAGACACAAACGUUGCUGCUUCAAUGGGUGCACCUAUGCCUGUCUGGAAUCAGUGCAGCCUCCACCAGUUCUAGACUGGCUGGUGCAGCCCAAACCCCGCUGGCUAGGAGGCAACGGCUGGCUGCUUGAUGGACCGGAAGAGGUUUUACAAGCAGAGGCCUGCAGCACCACAGAGGACGGGGCGGAACCUCUCCACUGCCCCACGGGCUACGAAUGUCACAUCAUAAGCCCCGGCAGCUCUGCGGAGGGCAUCCCCAACAGGGGGCAGUGCAUCAAGCAGCGGAAGGCUUCCGAUGGACAAAGCCUAAAACAGAAAUCUUACAAGGAAGUUGUGGGAAGUAAUUCAAAUUAUGUGGUCGGCUAUGAGAAAGAACAACAGAAGCGUUUGCAUUAAUCCAACAGACAAGUUGAAAAUGAGUGAACAAAUGAAAAGUUAUGCAAACUUGGCCCCAAAGAAGAGAUGUGAGAAUGCAACGCCCUCCUUGCUCUGUAGAAGUGGGGGACUAUGAGCAUGGAGCACUUCAUGCCAUGUUGAACUUGAUUCAUUCAUUGGCUAGUUUUGCUGAAUUUUUUCCCCACUUUUUGAUUCUUUAUUCUAAGGAAUGGCUGUAUAAGGGAGACAGGAAAGGCAUAUUGGGGAAUGUAGAUGAUAUAAAAACAAAGAUAUCAAUAAAAUUGUUUUAAAAUCUAAA